GCCCCUCCUACCUCAGUGGAGGCAUUACAUACUGCUCCUGCUCGAGCUCUUAGCAACCGUGCCUCAGCAACAGAGCCACGGCAACAGAGCUCCACGGCAACAGCGUGCCGUGUCUCCCCAAUGGAGCUGCCGUUGGGCGGACCAGCGCUCAGGCACUACACCCAUAGCAGACCGAGACCUCACCGACAGAAACUGAACUAUCGUCCCAGCAAACCACAGGAGACAAUUAUUGAGAGUGACAAUGAAGUCCUUGAGCUCAUGGGGAGAGUGGAUGAAGGAGUUGAAGAGUUCUUUACCAAGAGAGUACUUCCUACUGAUACACCGGAAAAUCAAGAUGAGGAAUCUAUCACAGUGCACGAAGUCGCCCCUGCAAGCUCGGUCCCCUGUGCCCCGCCAACAAAAACCCUCAGGAGGAAGCUUGGUGAUUUCUUUACACUCAAAAAGAGACGAGGUCUGAAAUCAGAAACCAGCCAGGACGGGCGACCAAAAAAGACCUCCAUCGCUGAUCUCAUCCGCCCGCUCAGGGAAGUCACCAGAGCUGAGAAAGAGAAGGAUAAGGACCGCGUCAAGGAACACGACAAGGAAAAUGAAAAGGAGAAAGCCAAAGAACAUCCUGGUGCUGUUUCUGGAGAGUCGGCUGUUCAGGAGACCCCUGGUGCUCAGCUGAGGGGUGAAGUGGUGCCUCCCCGUCGAGCUCUAAGAGAGGGAAAGUCCCAAUCUCUCAUUUUGCUGUCUGGAUCAGCAGCAGCAGGGACUGCCAAUGCAAGAAACACUUCAAAGAAACAGCUCGAAGGCCAACACAGCUUUGAGCAGAAACUCCAUCUUAUGCUUCAACGUAUUGGAGUUUCCAAAGCCCAGCCAGGGGGGACACAGAAUCAAGAGGGAGAGAUGAAAAAAGCAGAGUCUGAAGGUACUAUUAUUGACAGCAAACCUGAGCCCCCUCCUACUUUCACAAAACCUCGAACAAUGUCUGCGUCCUCAGAUACAAGGCAUCAAAUUCGCCCAAGUGUUUCGGCACACGAGUCAGCUGGGAAACCCGCUUUGCUCCCGAAGCCGGUUAUCAAACCGGGUCCGCCCCGCUCAACAUCUGGUCGCAACACACCUGAGAAUGAAUUAGCCCGAAUACAGGAAGGGGAGUCAAACACACCCACUAAAGUGAGUCCAGCUGCAGCUUCAUCUACGCCUGCUGCUCCCACACUCGAUGCCCCCACCACUCCCACUGUACCCACGGUCGCAAAGUCAGUCACCGACUCAACCCCAAGUACAAGUACUGUUCCUCUCUCUGAUACGGAUAUGGGCACCAACUCUGUUGACCCCAGUGUAGCAGCUACAACCCCCACCAAUGUAACAGAGCCUGACAGCAAGCCUCCUGUCCUUGAAGCUAAUAGUACUACCCCUGAACUGCCCACCUCCACCUUUCCAACAACCCUUUCAAACACUACUACACCCACGGAGCCCCCCGCCACUGUUUCUGUCACUUACGCCUCCUCCGAGUCCAUUGCCCCAAGUCUCUCUGUCGCUUCCACGCUGGAGACAAUUUCUGCUCCCGGCCAUGAAAGUUCAGUUCCCACACUGGCAACAAAUCUGUCAACUAAAUUGACUUUCCCAAAGUCAAAUGGUGUCGUCCUGGUCGACGCUGCUCCUGAUGCUUGUGGUGAUGCAGCUAUUUCUGCCAUCACUACAGCUUCGUCACCCUCCACCAGCAUAUCAGAGAUGCCCCCAUGCGUGUCUUCCACCGCCACCUCAGUUACUGAAGGUCGUAAGGAUGCCACUUCAGUCUCAUCCUCCGUAACAUUGGUCACUGAAACAACAUCUCCACCCCCGAACUCAAGUCCUUACAUUACAACUGUGGUUUCACCUGUCGCCUCCAUUACUUCCUCCUCCAUUCUGACCCCUUCUGCCCUUCCUACAAACAUCUCCACCUCUUCCAUCACAAUCACAAGCCCUGCAUCCACCGACUGCUUGAACUCUCUCUCUACAUCCACCAUUCCUCACCCAGCCUCUCCUAGCCCUGCUGAAAUCUCUGUUCCUUCCACUUCAUCCAGUGAAACAAACCCCACUGACACCACCUCCACCGCCACAAGUUUAUACCGCGCAGACACCACUUCCACCACCAGUUCAGCUAAUGCUGCUGCAAUUUGCUCCCCACUUAUGACUGACGCAGACCCGCUGUUUACCUACGACGCAAACACCACUCUCACACCAACUGUUGAUAACUUGAGUGCUGCUGCUCACCAUUUGACGAGUCCAGCCAUUUCUAGUGAUAAUACCAAUCAAGAUUUGCAGACAUCUCCUGAAGAAAGACCCAGUGUAGAACCUGCAGAAAAUGGCACAGCAGAUGAGAAGCUUAAGAUGGUUCAAAAGACCAAGCAAAGUGAGAUGAAUGAGUGCAAGAAAGUUGUCGACGGCGGGAAGGAAAACAAAAACAAAGACGAAAUAGUCGCUCUCACUGCCAACACUGAAGUUAUGCUACAGGAAGAGCAGGACGAAAGUGUGACACCUGAAGAAGACAUAAUAAAAUCAGAAGUUGGAAUGGUGGAACCUGCAUCAGGAAAAGAUGGUGAGCUGUGCAGGAACAAGGAGGAGAUAGAUGGUCAAAAACAAGAUCAGGGUGAGGAGUAACUAAAAUGUUUUAACUUGCUGAACACGGGACCAACUACUGUGACGGUGCAGGAGAGGCAACAGUUAAGGUUAAGGGGGGGGGGGGAGAUGAUCCAUGGCACUUUCUACAGGGACCACCACAUUGCAGCAGGACACCACAAAGGGUGCGCCACUGGACCAAAUGACUGAGAUCCCCUUGGUGUGAUGUAAUCAACAAUUCCAGCAGUGUCUUUGUCCUUUUUUAACUUAUGUUCAAAUUUUUUGCAUUGCACGUAUGAUUAUGUACCAUAAGAAAAGUACUGUGGUAAAAUACACCAUGUUUACAAUAGAUGGAUAAGAGACAUAUGAAUAUUAAAUGGAAUAUUGAAUUAACAGA